AUGAAUAGCAUCGGCUUCAGUUUUGAACAGCUUCAAUAUUUCGCUCGAUACUUCUUGUUCCAUUGUUUCCACCAAAGCUUUGAUUUGUAUGAGCACAAUUGGCUACCACAGUGUCUCGAACUAAUCCCCUCCAUCAGACAGAGGAUGGCUUCUGUUUCCCAUUUGCCAAGCAAAACAUCUCCUGGACAGUCAUCCAAACCAUGUCCAAGCCUCUUCAAGAAUUCCACAGAUGUCAUGCGCAUAGAAUGUGGAAGCCAUGUUGGGCUCUCGCAGUACAAAUAUAGAACAAGAGAGACUCUCUUGCUGUGUUUUCUGCAAGCAUUUUUGUCAGAGCACUCACAGAAUAUUUAUAUCUCGGCACCCUCCCACAUGAUACAGGCGCAGUAUUCUUACUCUGCUCAAAGUGUGCAAGUACUGUAG